UUUGUUUUUCUCCACUUUCAACCGGUGCUGACAUAAAAAAAGAUGGCUGCCAUUGUACCUGUGAAACUCAGUGUGAAUUAUGAAGAAGAUAGAGUUAGUAUUAAGCGCUUUCUUGAAGAGUUCAAGACCACGGGUAGUUCCAUGGGAGAAGAGGAAUCUGUACUCAAAUACGAUGUCAUCAUGCAAAACAUUGUGGAUAGAGAACAAUCUGUUGUAUACAUUGAACUUGAUGAUCUUGCCAAAUUCGAAGAUUCACGUACCAAACUGGUAGCCAAUAUUAUGCGCAACACCAAACAAUAUGUAGACUUUUUUGCGUCUGUCAUGGAUGAAUUAUGUGCUCUCAAAACUCCCGCCAACCCUGAACUCAGUUACAAGGAUACUGUUUUGGAUGUCAUUAUCCGUCAGAGAAUUAUUCGUGAUUCCAACAGAGGCGUUGAAACCGAAGAUUUCUUUCCUCCCGCAUUAACACGUCGAUAUGAAAUCUUUUUCAAACCAUUAUCCGAUGAUACAGCCUAUGCCGUGCGUCAAGUCAAUGGUGAAAAGAUUGGUCGUCUUGUGACGAUCCGUGGUAUUGUUACGCGUGUCUCUGACGUCAAACCUUUACUCGAAGUCAACGCCUACAGUUGUGAUUCAUGUGGUUUUGAGAUCUUUCAAGAAAUUAAGCAGCGUCAAUUUACUCCUUUCACCGAAUGUACAUCCGUCGAUUGUAAACGUAAUGGUAUUAAGGGUAAAUUACACAUGCAAACUCGUGCUAGUAAAUUUUUGUCUUUCCAAGAGAUCAAGUUGCAAGAAUUAACAGAUCAAGUCCCUGUCGGUCAUAUCCCUCGUACCAUGUCCUUGCACGCCUAUGGUGCUGCCUGUCGUCAAUUAACCCCUGGUGAUGUAGCUAAUGUCACCGGUAUCUUUUUACCCAUGCCUUAUACCGGCUUCCAAGCCAUGCGUGCCGGUUUGUUAACAGAUACUUAUUUGGCUGUCCAAUACGUGCAUCGUCUCAAGAAACAAUACGAUGAAAUCGAAUUGACCGCCGAAGAUGAGGUGCGUCUUGAAGAGUUGAAAGCCGAUCCCAAUGUGUAUAGUCAUUUAUCUCGCAGUAUUGCACCCGAGAUUUACGGUCAUGAUGAUGUGAAAAAGGUUUUGUUGUUGUUAUUGGUGGGUGGUGUGAGUAAGACCGUGGGUGAUGGUAUGAAGAUUCGUGGUGAUAUCAAUAUUUGUUUGAUGGGUGAUCCAGGUGUAGCCAAAUCUCAAUUGUUGAAAUUCAUUGCAAAGGUCGCUCCCCGUGGUGUCUAUACCACCGGUCGUGGUUCUUCUGGUGUAGGUUUGACCGCUGCUGUGAUGCGUGACCCUAUUACCGAUGAAAUGAUUUUGGAAGGUGGUGCUCUUGUCUUGGCUGAUAACGGUAUCUGUUGUAUUGAUGAGUUUGAUAAAAUGGAUGAUUCAGAUCGUACUGCCAUUCAUGAAGUGAUGGAACAACAAACCAUCAGUAUCUCCAAAGCAGGUAUUAAUACCACCUUGAAUGCUCGUGCUUCUAUCUUGGCUGCUGCAAAUCCUCUUUAUGGUCGCUACAACACACGUAUCUCUCCUACCCAAAAUAUUAAUUUGCCUGCUGCUUUGCUCUCUCGUUUCGAUAUCCUUUAUUUGAUGUUGGAUAAACCUUCAGAGGACUUGGAUCGUCUUUUGGCUGAGCAUGUUGCAUAUGUUCAUACACAUAAUAAGCCUCCCAAGAUGGAUUUCAACGCAUUAGAACCCAACAUGAUCAGACACUAUGUUGCUCAUGCUAGAACCAAGCGUCCCGUGCUUACAUCAGACGUCUCUGAAUAUGUCACGAGUGCUUAUGUCGGAUUGAGACGUCAAUAUAAAUUGGAUGAGGACCGUCAACAACAAUUCACGUAUGCCUCUGCGCGUACAUUAUUGGGUAUUAUUCGUAUGGCACAAGCGUUAGCUCGUAUUAGAUUAUCUGAUAUUGUUGAACCUGUGGAUGUGGAUGAGGCCUUACGAUUAAUUGAUGUUAGUAAGUCCUCUUUGAACGAUGAUGGAGGAAGACGUAAUGGAAGACAAGAUAAAUCCCCCAUGUCUGGUAUCUUUAAUGUGGUGAAGGAGUUGACAUAUGAAUUUGGCCAUAGUUUAGCCUUGAGUACGAUCCGACAACGUAUUUCUUCCAGAGGUUAUACUGAAAGCCAAUUGGAUGAAGCGAUUCGUGAAUACAGUGGACUUGAUAUUUGGCAGUGUGACAACCAUCGUCUCACCGUCAUUCAUUAAAAUAAUAUUUUUUUAAAAAAAAAAAAAAAACGCUUUUUUUUUUCUUUUAUAUAUACAAAAAAUAAAAAGAG